AUGUGGGUGACGUCGAUGCCGCAGGUGUGGGACGAGGAGGCGAGGAGCCGCAAGGGCGACGGCGACAUGAUGUCCCCCGCGCCGGCGGCCGCCAUGCUGGGGUCGCUGGCCGGCUGGCUGUCCCGCGCCGCCGACCCGCCGGCGCCCAAGCUCUGCGGCUCGCCGGGCGGCCCGCCCGUGACCGCGCCCCGCGUCGCCCUGCGCGACGGCCGGCGCCUCGCCUACUGCGAGAGCGGCGCUCCCAAGGAGCGGGCCCGGUUCAGGGUCGUCUUCUCCCACGGCUUCACCGGCUCCCGCGAGGACAGCGUCCGCGCCACCCAGGAAGUGGCUGAAGAGCUCGGCGUGUACAUGGUGGGUUUCGACCGUGCGGGUUACGGCGAGAGCGACCCGAACCCUAACCGAUCUGUGAAAAGCGCCGCACUCGACGUCGAGGAGCUCGCUGACGCACUAGGAUUGGGCCCUAAAUUCUAUGUGAUCGGCAUCUCCCUCGGGUGUCAUGCUGUCUGGGGCGCCCUCAAGUACAUCCCUGAAAGGAUUGCUGGAGCUGCAAUGAUGGCUCCGGUGGUGAACUACUGGUGGCCGGGCUUCCCUGCGGAUCUCGCCGCGGAGGUGUACAACAAGCAGGAGGUGGGCGACCAGUGGGCGCUGCGCGUGUCACAUUACGCCCCUGGCAUCCUCCACUGGUGGAUGGACCAGAGCUGGCUGCCCACCUCCACCGUCGUGGCCGGCACCACCCCGCUCCCCAACAAGCGUGACGCCGAGAUCCGCGCCAAGCUCAAGGCCGACGGCACGUUCCAGCAGAAGAUGGAACUGGCAACACAGCAAGGCAUCCAUGAGUCGUACUACCGCGACAUGAUGGUGAUGUUCGGCAAGUGGGAGUUCGACCCGAUGAGCCUGCCGAAGCCGGCUUGCCCUGUCCACAUCUGGCAGGGCGACGAGGACGGCCUGGUGCCCGUGGUGCUGCAGAGGCACAUCGCCAGCCGGCUCAGCUGGGUGAACUACCAUGAGCUCCCCGCAACCGGGCAUUUCCUGUCGCCGGUCCCCGGGCUAGGUGACACCGUUCUUCAGACCCUUUUCGGCAAUGCUAAGCAAUGA